CCCUCUUGUGGGGCUGUGAUUUUUUUACUGUGUGCGUGGGAAACAUUUCCAAACUGCGCUUUCUUGCCUGGCGGUGUUUGGUUGAUAGAGCCACCGCAGCGGGUUGCUUGCUUUCGGCCGCUCUCUCUUGCAUUGGCUCCAGAACUCAGCAAUAUUUUCACCACAAACACUGACGUUAUUAUUUCCGUUUCCGUCAUGACAGUGGAGCAGUGGGAGGAUGCUGUAUGUAAGAGUACAGUAGCUUGGCGCUUAGACAUUGUUUUACGUGUGAGACUAUUAAAAUAAAUCGGUAACAGUGUAACAUAUUUUAUUCAGGGCAUCGUGUUGCCUAGCUCAGAACACAUACGCAAUGUUAUACAAUGUCGCAUUCAUCAUGCCUAGCAGUACAUUUUGAACUGGAUUGUCAGCAUGUAUGGAUAUUAUUUAUGAUAGGACACAAGUGCGUUUAGAAACCGGACGGGCGGCUUGUGUUUUCGUGCAAUGUCUAAUGCUAAAUUGAGAUCAUGCGGAAGGUAGAUUAUACAGAGAUUAUACAUAAAAUACCCGGAGCAGCCCGACCGAACAGGACGCAUUAAUAACCGGCGCAUUGGUUCUACGGUCGUCAGUUAUCAAGUCAUUUUGGCGAGUAGGACGGAGGCAGCGGGCGAGGAAGUUGCAUCUGCUAGUAGCAUGUCGGACGAGUGGAAUUUAUUCGCUUGGACAGUGUUUGCGGUGAUCCUGCCAGUGGUGAUAACGCUGUGGUGCAGCGUGCAGAGGUCCAAGCGAAAAAUGGUCAUCAAGGACAUUCUGAGAAAAAGUAAGAAGCACGGCUGGCGCUACAGGGACCUGUUCAGCAAGCCCACCUGCUGCUGCGUGUGCUCGCAGCACAUUCUCCAGGGCGCCUUCUGUCACUGCUGCGGGGUGUGCGUGGACGAGGCCUGCCUGCAGAAGGCAGACACGAGCCUGGCAUGCAAGGAGGUCAUGAGCGCCGCUCAGCGGGACGGCUCGCUGCCCCAUCAGUGGGUCCGGGGGAACGUGCCCCUGUGUGCUUACUGCGCGGUUUGCAAACAGCAGUGUGGCUCUCAGCCGAAACUCUGCGAUUUCAGGUGUAUUUGGUGCCAGAGUACCGUCCAUGAUGACUGCAAGCCCAGCCUGUCAGACAGUGGGAAGUGUGAUUUGGGUGAAUUCAGGAACCUGAUCAUCCCUCCUCACUACCUGCACAGCAUAAACCAGCGGAGCAGGGGCCCCAGCGAUGACUACGGGACGCUAGCCUCGAUGUGCGGCCCCAACUGGACUCCAGUAAUAGUGUUGGCCAAUACCCGGAGCGGAAACAACAUGGGAGAGGAGCUGCUGGGGGAGUUUAAAAGUCUUCUGAAUCCAGUGCAGGUGUUUGACCUGUCUGAGCUGCCCCCGAUCAAAGCCCUGCAGCUGUGCACCGUCCUGCCCGCUGGCUCGGUGCGGGUGCUGGUGUGCGGGGGUGACGGCACGGUGGGCUGGGUGCUGGAUGCCGUGGACGAGAUGAAGAUAAAGGGGCAGGAGCAGUACGUGCCCCACGUGACAAUCUUACCCCUGGGAACCGGAAAUGACCUCUCCAACUCCCUGGGCUGGGGAGCCGGGUAUGCUGGGGAAAUUCCAGUGGAGCAGGUCCUGAGGAACAUCAUGGAAGCCGAGGCAGUCAAACUGGACCGGUGGAAGGUUCAGGUUACAAACAAAGGAUACAGCUUUCGAAAAACAAAGGUUCUGACGAUGAAUAACUACUUCUCUGUGGGCCCAGACGCUCUCAUGGCUCUGAAUUUCCAUGCACACCGAGAGAAGACCCCCUCGCUGUUCUCAAGCAGGAUCCUCAACAAGGCUGUGUACUUUUUCUACGGGACCAAAGAUUGUUUAGUUCAAGAAUGCAAAGACUUGGACAAGUUCAUUGAGCUUGAACUGGAUGGGGAGAGAGUGGAGCUCCCGAAUCUGGAGGGGAUCAUCGUGCUCAAUAUCGGGUACUGGGGUGGAGGCUGCCGUCUGUGGGAAGGAAUGGGGGAUGAGACGUACCCACCCUCCAGGCUCGACGAUGGUUUACUGGAAGUUGUCGGAGUGUUUGGAUCUUUCCACUGUGCCCAGAUUCAGGUGAAGCUGGCUAACCCUGUGCGGAUAGGGCAGGCACACACAGUCCGGCUGAUCCUGAAAAGCGGCAAGAUGCCGAUGCAGGUGGACGGGGAGCCCUGGGCACAGGGGCCGUGCACCAUCACCAUCACACACAAAACCAGGGCGCUGAUGCUGUACCCUACCGGGGAGCAGACCGACGAUGAAGAGGACGAUUCCUCCAGCGCCUCCGAGCCAGAGCUGAGAGACCAGGAGGACUAGCGCCGCCCCGGCCAUCGCUGUGCAACGGGCUUAUAUAGACAGCUGGGUUACUGGAGUGUGUGAUAGAGCAGGAACACAUGUCCACACAUUGCAGUGAUCUGACCAGGCUUUCACACGCAUGCUACUCCCAGAUCAUUCGUUUUAUAUGCAGUGUUCGUUCUGCUACGUUGAGAAGCACGGCAGUGACAGCAAAGCGAUUGUGUUUUUAAUUAUACAUUUUAUUCCAGUAUUGAAACUCCUUCAUUGCUUUCCAGGGCUUGGAUUCCAGCUAGCAGUCAAGCUGGCCUUUUGACAAGCAGUGAUAAAUAUGUGGCCCUGUAAUAUAAAGUAGGUCUCGGUUACCUCAAACGAUAACCAUUUUGUCGAGCUAGCAGUUCCCUGACUGGGGCAUAUGGUGUUUUUGAUUUUAUGGUCAGCUGCAUAGUUAAAAUAUCAGUUGCAAUGCCCCUUUGAUCAGAAAUCCCAGUCUUACUUUGAACUUUUUAAUUGAACUGUUUAAUUGAAAUUUACAAUUGUCCAAUUUUGUGUAGGCAAGUACAAAUAAUAAUGAUGAGAAUAAAAAUCACGAAAAACAUCAAUAUUAUAAUACUAUAGAACUUAAAGCCUUCACAAGCGAGACAAGGACCGAAUCGGGAAAUACAAUUUAGUCUGUGGUUGUAUUAAAAGAACAGUAGCUUUUCCACACAGACAGACACUUCAUGAAGUGUUUGCUAGGGCAGUACUGCUACGCUGCUGAACUGGAGUUACUUUUAUUUAUUUCAGCACACUGGCUGUUUCUUUUCCUAGCUCUGACAAGUGUGUCAGCUUUGCUGUCGUUCAUCGUUCCACCGUGAUAGGACAGUAGGUAUAAUCUACACAGACAAUACAUCCAGUAUUGUUCUGGUGUUAAUACCGGUGCAGUGUUUACUUGGCUUGUGAAUGUCAUGGGAUUUUCUGAUUGAGAGAUGCUCUGUAUGAGAGGGCAGUGACUCCCUGACUGCCUGGCUCUGGAAACACAUGCCGCUUCUCCGAUGCAAAUAUAAAACCGUGACGUGCUUGUUUAUUAAGCUUCGUUAUUUGUGCUGCGUACUGUGUUUGUGUUAAGGACACAGAAUACACUCUGAGGAGGUCGUUUAUCGUGGUACUUUAACAUAGAUUUGAAGAUUACCCUAUUAACAGGCACUAGGACAUAGUGUAGCACGGCUGCUCCUCCGGUAAUAAUGUGAAAACAUUCCCGUGUGAAACAACGCGGACCAAAGUGCAGUAAAUUGUAUUGAGCAGAAGCAAUGUAACUUCAGUAAAGACAUUACUACAAGUAGGGACAUCUUACCUGCGUUUUUAUUGCAAUACCUGUAGACGUGUAAGUAAACUAGACGGCAGCUUUUCAAGGGGUAAAGUAACGCGCUUCAGUGUUCCUUUAUUAAGCGUGUCUAUGUGGUGUAUUGUGUACUGUUUAUAAGGAGUGGUCUGUUCAGCUGUUUCCUGGAUUGUGUUUCUCAGUGUGCUCCUAGAUUGCACUACACGCUGCUACCAGUAGAUGGCACCCCAGCCAGGUCACAUUGGGGGCGCUGGAAAGAGGCCUGAUGCAGUCUUGUGAUUGAUCUUAGUUUUUGCUUUCGUUUCUCUGUUGUGCUUGUAAAUGUUUACCUGGGUUUGAACUUGCACUUUAACUGCCCAGUCCAUUUAAAAAAAAAUAUUUUUAUGAUAGUUUGUGUCCAUUAUUAAUUGUACGAGGCAAGCUUUUACAUUGCAGUAUCCUCUGUUAUGUACAGAUCAUUUUAAAUGAAUUGAAAAAGAACAAAAAUAGCUUUUAACCUUAUUUACAUUGAACAAGAUGUUUCCAUUUGAGACUAAACAUGCUAUUUCUUAAAACUCAAAUUGUGUAUAUACAUUAGAGAGGGAUUUAUAUUCUAGGAUGGUAAUGGUAAUAGUUAUUUAUUGUAUAUGCAUAAUAUUUAUUUCCAAAGUGCCUAAUUUUAAAAUGAAUGCAAAUUCAUUUUCAAAUGAGGCACUUUGGAACCUCUUGUAUGAACAUUCUGUUCGGAAGUCAUGAUGCUCCAGAACUUUUGAAAGAACUUCUUUAUUUACCAGCAGCUUAUUUACAAUUUUUUUUUAAUCAGUUGUUCCCAUUUUGAUGUACCUUUUUAGAGUUUGCUGCUUUUGGUACACAGGAGUUUUACAAUUGUAUUGUUGACCUCUGUCUGUUUGCGUGUCUCCUUGUUCAAAACUAGUGUAGCUUAUUAUUUGUGUAAGUGUAAAAGCUGAGGCGAGUGUGUUUUGGUUUACUGGCUGAUUGUCAGUAGACGCUAUCGUAACGACAGGAGCAAACCCCCUCUUCAAACACACACACACUCACGAGUCUCUGCUUGUUCCUAGACUGCUUGUUGUUACAUAAUGCAAAGAAAGCUUAUUUAUAAUGCGUUUUUGCACUGUGUUCUUUUGUUUACCGUUUUACAAAAUGAGUCAAAGCAGGACGUUUUGUAUUUAAAUUUUAGAAGUGUUGUUUAGUUUUGUCUGUAUGCACUGAAGUCCAAUCGGCACACGUGUGCUUGUGCACGUUCUGUGAAUUUGUUGGCACUGAUGCUUGGAUCGCUUGCAGUAUUUGUUUUCAUGGUGGAGCUUGCUGGUAUGUGCAUUUCCCAGCGGACCUGGGAUCCGUUGUAAUCAAAUACAGCAGCGGUGUUUGCUGAAGUUCCAGUUCCAAUGAUAGUCUUCGAUUACAAUUAGUCACAAUACUGCUGCAGUAAUUACAAUUCUAAUUAUGCUAAUUCGUUAUAAUUAUACUAAUUACCAGUUAUACUACAGUACUAAGUAGCAUAAACAGCUACACACGUUAACAUGUUUACUCUCAUUAUAAAUAACCAGCCAUAAUCGCAGGUACAAGUACACAAACAUACUGUAGAACGUAUUUUUUCAAACAAACGGGGUCACUAAAAGUGGUUGAAAGUACGAGGAUAACGAUCGCUCAAUGUAAAACACAUGAACUGUGAAUGAUUUACAGCUACAACUUCAGUUAUGUAAGUGUGUCAAGGUUCACUGGUCCACAAAUAAAUAAGAAACAUUUUCCUAAUUCUGACUGCACAAAGAAAGACUGUGGCUUACGGUAUAACAUUGUUUUGUUUUGUGACUCAAAGCUGUAAUAAAACGAGACCUUUUGACCAAA